UCAUACACAGAACAACAGUCAUUUAUUACCCUUAAGUGUACCGGUGGCGACGGUUGUGUUGUUUUCUGCCUCCAACCUACGUUAACUUUACAGCCUUGGAAGAUUUUACAAGCCAUGAUGAAUGAACCAAUCUGUCUGAUUGAAAACUCUGAUUCAGGAAAGCUACACACAAACCAGAAAGCCCUGGAUAUUUUAGCCAGCAUUAACCAGGCAGUGGUUGUGGUAUCUGUUGUUGGACUGUACCGCACUGGGAAAUCUUAUCUCAUGAAUAAACUAGCUGGCAAAAUGAAAGGCUUCUCCCUAGGUUCCACGGUCCAGUCACAUACUAAAGGGAUUUGGAUGUGGUGUGUGCCCCACCCUACAAAGCAUGAUCACACUCUUGUUCUGCUGGACACUGAGGGGCUUGGAGAUGUAGAGAAGGGAGAUCAAAACAAUGAUUGUUGGAUUUUCUGUCUGGCUGUCCUACUAAGCAGCACCUUUGUGUAUAACAGUAUGAACACCAUUGACCAGACUGCAGUGGAGAGGCUACAUUAUGUUACUAAGCUGUCAGAACGAAUAAAGAUAAAAACUAACAGUGAAGAUGAUUCUUCUGACUUUUCCCGAUACUUCCCUGGAUUUGUUUGGACCGUGCGUGACUUCACCCUACAGCUAGAAAUUGAUGGACAGCCUGUCACUGAGGAUCAAUAUCUGGAUAAUGCCCUGCAGUUAAAGAAAGGGUACAGUCCUAAUGUACAACAAUAUAACUUCCCACGAGAGUGUGUCCGGAAUUUUUUCCCAUCUCGGAAGUGCUUCAUCUUUGAUCGCCCUGCUAAAAAGGAAUGGCUACCUAAGCUUGAAAAACUGCCAGAGAAUAAACUAGAACCAUCUUUUGUUGCACAGACGAAGAAAUUCUGCACCUAUGUUUUUGCCAUUUCCCAAACUAAAACAGUCCAAGGAGGGCACAUUGUUAAUGGAAGAAUGUUGGGCAACCUGGCUACAACCUUUGUUGAAUCGAUUUGCAGUGGGGCUAUUCCUUGCUUAGAGAAUGCAGUUCUUGCACUGGCACAAAGUGAGAACUCAGCGGCAGUGGACCAGGCUGCUAUGUACUACGAAGAAGCCAUGAAUAAAUCUGUGGUAUUCCCCACUGAGUCUGUUGAAGAACUUUCUGAAAUGCAUGCACAGAUUGAAAAGGAGGCAACUGAGGUUUUCAUGAAGCGUUCUUUCGAGGAUGAACAAAGUGAAUUUCAGGUUUUACUGAUGAAAAAGAUAAACUCGUGUUAUGCACGGUUUUGCCAGAAGAAUGAACGAGUGUCAGAAGACCACUGCAAGGCAAAAAUUAUGGAUCUCUUCAGUAACCUGGAGAAGGAAGUUUUAGAUGGAGUGUAUUGUCAACCCGGAGGCUUCAACCAGUUCAAAAAAGUUCGAGGAGACUUACUGGAGAAAUAUAGGGCUAUACCUGGAAAAGGAGUUAAGGCCGAUGCGGUUCUUCAGGAAUUCCUUAAGUCAAAGGAAACUGUGGCAGCAUCGAUUUGUCAAGUAGAUCAAAGCCUGUCUAAAAAGGAAAAAGAAGUUGAAGCUGAGAGAGCUAAAGCAGAGGCUGCAGCAAUGGAGGUAAAGGUCAUGCAAGAGUCACAAAAGGCACUGGAGCAGAUGAUAAAAGACCUGGAGAGGACCUAUAAAGAAAAUAUGCGUCAGCUAAAGAAGAAGAUGGAGGAGGACAGGGAAAAGCUACUGGAAGAAGUGCAGAAAGCCCUGGAUCAGAAACUUAAGGAACAGCAAGACUUAUUACUGAACGAAUUCCAGGAGAAAGCUGACAGACUGAACAGAGAAAUUAAUGAACUAAAACAAGAGCUAGAAGAGUGUUUAAAAAAAAGACGUAAUAUCACUGAAAUUUUGCGAGAUGCACUACUUCAUAUAAAAAGCUUAUUUCAUUGAACUUUGCCAGUGGUACAAACCUGUUGUUAAUGACCAGGUCAAACAGAAGAAUGAAAAUAACACUGGUAAUUUUUAGCUGGAAACACACCUUUUGCAAAUAUAAAACAAAAUGGCAACCACCUUAUUUCCGAAGGCCCAAACACUAAUUCAGAGCACAGCAGUAUUCUCAGUGCAUGUGUGUAUUGGGGGAAAGGGUAGGGUAAAUUAUCUGCACAUUUUUAUACUCAGUAUCAUUUCAAUGUACCGGUAUUGAGUCAACAGUAAAACUGCAGUGAUAUACAAGGAGCAGCAGAGAAUCACACUAUGAUGAGGAAAAGGUCACCACUAUUUUCACAAUUCCAAAUACAAGAUACAUUUACAUUUAGAAAACCAAUUCACAGCAGUAUGUUUGCUCACCAUUGCACAAGAAUUUAUGAUCUUGCUACUGCAACAUGCAGUAAGUAGCAUCCCUUUUCGAUCACCAUCUGAAUGGCACUAUUACUUGGGUAGGUUCAUAUUACAGCACAGAUUUAGCCCAGUACUGAAACAUUGUGGAGUCUGCAUGUCCUCCCUGCAGUCGAGUGGAAUUCGAAAGACAUGCGUGAAUGGGCAUGCCUUCACUGAAGGUUGGCAUCGGACUGGCAACUCGGCA